AUGAACGAUGUAUACCAUUCGGGUGCCGGGGGUUCGAAGGGUUUCCCUCCGGCGCCCUAUAGUUAUCCAAUGCAUUGCAAUAUGUCUCGUGCCUUCCAAGAAAUGACUGAUGAUGAACGAAAGUGCCUCGAAGAACGUAAAUACUGGUGCUUCCUGCUUUCAAGCAUAGUAACAUUUUGUGUAUCGAUGUUAUUGGUGGUUAUUUGGCGGAUCAUCACACAUAUAUUCUGUCAACGAAGAGAACGUGAGGACAUCGAUGCUGUGCUUGACCAGGACGAAGGAAAGCAUGGGCUUUUGAAAGGGGAACUAGAUGGCAUUGCGUUGAAGCAAGAAGAAGUUCAAAUUGGCUGGAUGACAGAGGCAAAAGACUGGGCAGGCGAACUGAUUUCGGGCCAAAGUAUGACAGGUCGCAUCCUCGUCGUAUUAGUAUUCAUACUGUCUAUCGGAUCCCUUAUUAUUUAUUUCUACGAUGCCUCACAGUAA